CUAAAACCCUAAAUAACACCAUCCGCCAUACAACACACUCUCAGUCCAACCCAACUCACAGCUCUAAAUCGCUAACGUUUUAGCGAAAGAUCUUGACACCAUUUUCUUGCUGGUUCUAACUUUGAUCAUCUUUCAAGUUUUGUUCUUUUGAAAGGAUCAGUUGUUUGUUUAAGUAGCGAGUUCAAUGGAGCCGUGGGUUUCACUUGCAUCUUCAAUCCCAACUUCAUCUACAAAGAGGCGGAUUCGGAUCUUUCGCUCCGAGAUUCCUUCCAUUAUUCUGAAUUCAGAGAUGUCAACUGAGUCUGCGUCACAGUUGGUGGAUUUAAUAUUUAUGACAUUGUAUAUUUACGAUGAUCGAGGGUCAAGGAAAGCCGUGGAUGAUUUGAUUGUAAAGGAGUUGAGCGAGGUUAUAUUUAUGAAAACAUUUGCAGCAACUCUUGUGCAGGGCAUGGAAAAACAGUUAAAGUUUCAGUCUCAUGUUGGCUGCUAUAGACUUAUGAACUGGUCAUGUCUCCUCCUUUGUAGAAGUCAGUUUAUCUCGGUGUCAAAGAGUGCAUUUAGCAGAGUUGCAGCUUCGCAGGCCUCAAUUCUUCAAAUUAGCAUGCAAGGAUCUUCUCAUGAGCGGAGGGCUUGCCGAAGAACUUUUAUUCAUUCCUUUUUCGAGUCACCUGACAUUUUCAGCUUGUACAUGGAGGAACUAAAAGGUGCAAAAAUCUCAUAUAAAAAUUGCCCAGAGAUGCUAUGUGUGAUGUUGGACUUUUCAAGUUCAAAACCAUCACUGUUUGAAAGAUGGAAGCCGGUAUAUCUUGAUAUGUAUGUUCAAGCGGUUCUUAACACGAGGGAUAAGCCAACAAAAGCCCUGAGCGAAGCUUUCCGUUCAUUAUUUUUUUGUCUGUCACAUGAAGAUUUUAAGAGUGUCAUUCUUCCUUCAUCUGUGAAGAUGCUGAAAAGGAAUCCCGAGCUUGUUCUGGAAUCCAUCGGGGUCCUUUUGAGAUAUGUUAACUUGGAUUUGAGCAAGUAUGGCGUUGAGAUUUUAUCAGUGGUAUUAGCACAGGCUCGCCAUGCGGAUGAAGGAAGAAGACUUGCUGCCUUGGAUAUUGUCAGAUGUCUGUGUCAAAAGUCUAGUAAUCCGGAUGCUGUCGAGGCAAUGUUCUCUGCCGUCAAAUCUGUAAUUGGAGGUUCUGAAGGAAGACUUGCUUUUCCAUACCAGAGGGUUGGCAUGAUAAAUGCACUGCAGGAACUGUCUAGAUGUCCUGAGGGGAAAUAUCUUGGUAGCCUGUCUCUGUCUGUAUGUGACCUUCUUUUGACAAGUUACAAGGAUGAUGGAAAUGAAGAGGUAAAGCAUGCAUGUUUAACCGCUUUAGCUUCUUGGGUAGCAAGAUCUACGGAUGCUAUUCGGCCAGAAUUUGUUUCAUUUAUGGCCUUAGGGCUCAAGGAGAAGGAAUCACUAAGAAGAGGUCAUCUUCGAUGCCUACGCAUCAUUUGCAAAAAUCCUGAUGCAGUUUUACUGAUAUCUUCUUUGCUCCCCUCACUUGUCCAGCUAGUAAAAACUGGUUUUACCAAGGCAGCACAACGGUUGGAUGGCAUUUAUGCAUUACUCAUUGUGGUGAAGAUUGCAGCUGCUGACAUUAAAGCAGAUGAAACUGUGUCGAGGGAAAAGCUAUGGUCUUUGAUUUCGCAGAAUGAACCUUCAGUUGUUCCUGUAGCCAUGACUUCUAAACUGUCACUGGAGGACUGUGAAACAUGUAUUGAAUUACUUGAGUCGCUCUUUGUGGAUCAUCCUCAAAGAGUUUUUGAGACUCUUCAUGUGAGAUCACUCAUGCAGCUUAUCCUUACAUUUCUGUGCCAUUCAAGUUGGGAUAUACGUAAAGCAGCUUAUGGUUGUACCAAGAAGAUUCUAUCUGCUGCUCCAAAACUAUUCGAAACUCUUCUAAUUGAAUAUUCAGAUCAUCUCAAUGUUGUUGGGGAAAAGGUCUUAGCGAAGCUAAGUGACACAGAAACUUCAUCGGAUGCUCAAAUAGCUUUUGUGCCAUCUGUGGAGGUUUUGGUAAAGGCUUUGAUGGUAAUAUCAUCUGGUAUCUUGGCUGCUGCACCUAGUUCCUGUAUACGGCUUAUAUUCAUCUCACAUCAUCCAUGCCUAGUUGGCACAGCAAAAAAUGAUGCAGUUUGGAAGAGAUUGCAGAAGUGUUUGCGAGCUCUUGGUUUUGAUGUCAUUGGGCAUAUAAUGGCUGAUGUCAGUAACUUGUGUCAGAGUUUGCUUGGACCAAUGGGGUUGAUGAGUACUAGUCGUAUGGAACAAGAAGCUGCUAUACAUACUUUGUCCACUUUGAUGACCAUAACACCUGCUGAAGCCUAUGCAGAAUUUGAAAAGCACCUGAAAAGUUCUCCUGAUCGUGGUGCACAUGAUAUGCUAUCAGAAAAUGAUAUUCAGAUUUUCCAUACCCCUGAAGGGAUGGUAUCCACUGAGCAAGGUGUGUAUAUUGCGGAGUCUGUAGCUUCUAAUAACAUGAAACAGGCGAAAGGCCGCUUCCGGACUUACGAGAACAGUGACAGCAUGGACAAUGGCAACUCCACUUCUGGAAAGCGAGAGACUGCUGGUAAAGAGCGUGCUGGUGCCGGGAAGAAGGAUAUAGGGAAACAAACAAGGAAGCCUGAUAAACAGAAGACAUCAAAGGAGGAGGCACGUGAAUUGCAGCUUCAAGAAGAAGCUUAUAUCCGUGAGAAGGUCAUGAAUAUACAGAAGAAUCUUUCCUUGUUGCUGAAAGCUUUAGGAGAGAUGGCUAUAGCUAAUCCUGUUUUCACACACAGUGAAUUACCCUCCCUGGUCAAGUUUGUCAAUCCGUUACUGCAGUCACGGAUAGUUAAUGAGGUGGCUUUCGAAACAGUGGUGAAGCUAUCAAGAUGUACUGCUCCUCCACUGUCUAAUUGGGGUUUAGACAUUGCUACUGCCUUGAGGCUAAUUACAACUACUGAACCUUAUGUUUCAUGGGAUCGUCUUUCGUCUCUUGGUGAGGGCGAUCACAAUGACAGGUCAUCAUUGAGUCUCUUUGAAAGAGUAAUGCAUGGCUUAUCAGUAUCAUGCAAAUCGGGCCCCCUGCCAGUUGAUUCUUUUCGCUUCAUUUUUCCGAUAAUGGAGAGAAUACUGUCAUCUCCUAAGAAGACACAACUUCAUGAUGAUGUACUUCGAAUACUUUUUCUACAUAUGGAUCCAGUAUUACCCCUCCCUAGACUUCAAAUGCUUUCAGUUAAGUUUCUACUUUUUCGGACUUUACAUCUGCAGAAUUAUCUAUAUCAUAUUUUUUUUGUUUUAUUUGCCAUGACAUCUGGAUAUUAUGCUUCUUGGCAGGUUCUAUAUCAUGUUCUCGGAGCUAUUCCUGCCUAUCAAGGGUCUGUUGUACCAGCCUUAAAUGAGUUGUGUCUUGGUUUGCAACCAGAAGAAGCGACACCUGCUUUAUCUGGUGUUUAUGCCAAAGAUGUUCAUGUUAGAAUGGCUUGUUUAAAUGCUGUGAAAUGCAUUCCAGCUGUAUCCAGCCGUUCUCUUCCUCAGGACGUAAACUUUGCAACCAGCAUUUGGAUUGCCCUGCAUGAUCCAGAAAAGUCAGUGGCUGAAGUGGCAGAGGAUAUCUGGGAUCGUUAUGACCAUGAAUUUGGGACAGAUUAUUCUGGACUCUUCAGGUCUCUUUCUCAUGUUAAUUAUAAUGUUCGAAUGGCUGCUGCCGAUGCAUUAGCUGCUGCCUUAGAUGAGUACCCAGAUACGAUACAGGAAGCCCUUGCGACUCUGUUCUCUCUUUAUAUUCGUGAUGGUGGUAUCAGCGAGGACAACAUUGAUUCUGGUUGGUUAGGCAGACAAGGGACUGCAUUAGCUUUACAUGCAGCAGCUGAUGUACUUAGAACCAAAGACCUUCCAGUUGUUAUGACAUUCUUGAUAUCCCGAGCACUGGCUGAUACCAAUGCUGAUGUUCGAGGAAGAAUGAUCAAUGCUGGUAUCAUGAUCAUUGACAAACAUGGAAAAGAUAACGUCUCCCUGUUAUUUCCUAUAUUCGAAAAUUACUUAAACAAGAAGGCUUCGGAUGAAGAAAAAUAUGAUUUGGUACGAGAGGGUGUGGUCAUCUUUACUGGAGCUUUAGCAAAACAUUUGUCCAAGGAUGAUCCUAAGGUCCAUGCUGUUGUAGAGAAGUUGCUGGAGGUGCUAAACACCCCCUCAGAAGCUGUUCAGAGGGCAGUCUCAAGCUGCCUGUCUCCAUUAAUGAAAUCGAAGCAAGAAGAUGGAAUGUCACUUGUUUCUAGGCUAUUAGAUCAGCUGAUGAAGAGUGAGAAAUAUGGGGAGCGCCGUGGAGCAGCUUUUGGACUUGCCGGGGUUAUAAAAGGAUUUGGAAUAUCUAGUUUGAAAAAGUACGGGGUGGCAACAGUGCUACGCGAAGGACUUGCAAAUAGGAAUUCUGCCAAAUGUCGCGAAGGAGCUUUGCUGGCAUUUGAGUGUCUUUGUGAAAAGCUUGGAAAAUUGUUCGAACCGUAUGUAAUCUACUUGUUACCAUUGCUUUUAGUUUCGUUCUCUGAUCAAGUUGUUGCUGUUCGGGAAGCUGCUGAAUGUGCUGCUCGGGCUAUGAUGUCUCAACUUACUGCACAGGGGGUGAAACUUGUUCUUCCAUCACUUUUGAAGGGUCUGGAAGAUAAAGCUUGGCGGACAAAGCAGAGUAGUGUUCAACUUCUUGGAGCUAUGGCAUAUUGUGCUCCACAACAACUAUCUCAAUGCCUACCUAAGAUUGUUCCAAAAUUGACGGAGGUGCUAACUGACACUCAUCCAAAAGUGCAGUCUGCAGGGCAGACAGCACUCCAGCAGGUUGGUAGUGUGAUAAAGAAUCCUGAAAUCGCUUCCCUUGUUCCAACUCUUUUGCUGGGUCUCACAGACCCCAAUGACCAUACAAAAUAUUCCCUUGAUAUUCUUCUUCAGACAACUUUUAUAAAUUCCAUUGAUGCUCCUUCACUUGCCCUUUUGGUACCCAUUGUCCAUCGUGGAUUGAGAGAGAGGGGUGCUGAAACUAAAAAGAAGGCUGCACAAAUAGCUGGCAAUAUGUGUUCAUUAGUCACUGACCCAACCGACAUGCUUCCAUAUAUAGGAUUGCUUCUUCCUGAAAUUAAAAAGGUUUUAGUGGAUCCAAUCCCUGAAGUUCGGUCUGUAGCAGCCAGAGCCGUUGGUUCUCUGAUAAGAGGGAUGGGAGAAGAGAACUUCCCAGACCUUGUUCCAUGGUUGCUAGACACACUCAAGUCUGACGGUAGUAAUGUUGAACGCUCUGGUGCUGCUCAAGGGUUGAGUGAGGUGGUUGCUGCUCUUGGCACAGAGUACUUUGAGCACCUUCUUCCUGACAUCAUAAGGAACUGCUCUCAUCAAAAGGCGUCCGUGCGUGAUGGUUAUCUGACACUUUUCAAGUAUCUGCCAAGAUCAUUGGGUGUACAGUUCCAGAACUACUUGCAGCAAGUCCUACCAUCCAUAUUAGAUGGUCUUGCGGAUGAAAAUGAAUCUGUACGUGAAGCUGCACUUGGAGCUGGGCACAUACUGGUUGAGCAUUAUGCUGUUACGUCUCUGCCUUUGCUUCUUCCAGCUGUAGAAGAUGGUAUAUUCAAUGAUAAUUGGCGUAUCCGUCAAAGUUCUGUGGAACUUUUAGGUGAUCUCUUAUUUAAGGUUGCUGGCACUUCUGGGAAAGCUCUUCUUGAGGGUGGUAGUGACGAUGAAGGGGCCAGUACUGAAGCACAAGGGCGUGCAAUCAUUGAGGUACUUGGCCGAGAUAAGCGUAAUGAAGUGCUUGCUGCACUCUAUAUGGUUCGAACAGAUGUCAGCCUUUCAGUUCGUCAGGCUGCCUUACAUGUGUGGAAGACUAUCGUUGUAAAUACUCCAAAAACUCUGAAGGAGAUAAUGCCAGUUUUGAUGAAUACCCUUAUCUCUUCUCUUGCAUCAUCAUCCUCUGAAAGGCGGCAGGUUGCUGGACGAGCAUUGGGUGAGCUUGUUAGGAAACUUGGGGAGAGGGUUCUUCCGCUGGUUAUUCCUAUAUUAUCUCAAGGCUUGAAGGACCCUGAUUCUAGCAGAAGACAGGGUGUUUGUAUUGGCCUAAGUGAAGUGAUGGCCAGUGCUGGUAAGAGUCAAUUAAUAAGUUUCAUGGGCGAGCUUAUCCCAACCAUCCGUACAGCUCUUUGUGAUAGCAUGGUCGAGGUUCGCGAGUCUGCAGGAGUUGCUUUUAGUACACUGUACAAGAGUGCUGGAAUGCAAGCAAUCGAUGAAAUUGUCCCAACGCUUCUCCAUGCCUUGGAAGAUGAUGAUAUGGCGGAUACUGCCCUUGAUGGCCUCAAACAAAUUUUGAGUGUCAGGACUGCAGCUGUGUUGCCUCAUAUAUUGCCAAAGCUUGUUCAUCUCCCUCUCUCUGAAUUCAAUGCACAUGCUCUGGGAGCUGUUGCGGAGGUCGCAUGUGCUGGCCUAAAUGUCCAUCUUUCAACAAUUCUUCCUGCUUUGCUCUCUGCAAUGGGAGAUGAUAAUCAUGUGGAAGUCCAGGAUCUUGCAAAGAAGGCUGCAGAAACUGUGGUCUUGGUCAUUGAUGACGAAGGGAUAGAGAAUUUGAUAUCAGAGUUAUUGAAGGGGGUUGGGGAUAACCAGGCUUCAACUAGGCGCAGUUCUGCGUACUUAAUUGGAUAUUUCUUCAAAAACAGUAAAUUGUAUCUGGUGGAUGAAGCUCCAAAUAUGAUAUCCAUCCUGAUCAUUUUACUAAGUGACUCAGACUCGGCUACUGUAUCGGCUGCAUGGGAAGCACUGUCAAGAGUUGUUAGUUCAGUCCCCAAAGAAGUUCUACCUUCAUAUAUAAAGUUAGUUCGUGAUGCUGUUUCCACAUCUAGAGACAAGGAACGUAGAAAGAAAAAGGGUGGUCCAAUUGUUAUACCUGGGUUUUGUCUUCCAAAAGCUCUUCAACCGUUGCUUCCCAUAUAUCUUCAGGGCCUAAUAAGCGGGUCUGCAGAAUUGAGAGAGCAGGCUGCUCAGGGUCUUGGAGAAUUAAUUGAAGUAACCAGCGAAAAAGCACUCAAGGAGUUUGUAAUCCCUAUUACGGGGCCUCUGAUUCGAAUUAUAGGUGAUCGAUUCCCAUGGCAAGUGAAAAGUGCUAUUCUGUCGACUUUGACCAUCAUAAUCGCAAAGGGUGGGAUGGCUUUGAAACCUUUUCUUCCACAGCUACAAACGACCUUCGUUAAAUGCUUGCAGGACAACACCAGGACUGUUCGUUCAAGUGCCGCCUCAGCACUCGGGAAGCUUAGCGCUUUAAGUACCCGAGUUGAUCCUCUAGUUGGCGAUUUGCUUUCCAACUUGCAGGCAUCAGAAGGUGGCGUUCGUGAAGCAAUAUUGGUCGCUCUUCAAGGUGUUGUCAAGUAUGCUGGGAAGAGUGUUAGUGCUCCCGUUAAGACCCGUGUCUUUGAUCUUUUGAAGGUGAUGAUAUACAAUGAUGAUGACCAAAUACGAAGUUCUUCAGCAAGAAUCUUGGGAAUCUUAUCUGAGCAUUUGGAAGAUGAUCAAAUUUCUGAAUUACUAGAGGAACUUCCAGAUAAAGCUUCAUCUCCUAACUGGUCUGCUCGGCAUGGUUCACUUCUUACCAUCUCAUCCAUGCUAAGACACAUUCCUACCAUAGUUGCAGCAUCUCCAUCGUUCACAACGGUGGCGGACUGCCUCAAAAAUAGCUUGAAGGAUGAAAAGUUUCCCGUUCGUGAAACAUCAACCAAAGCAUUAGGAAGGCUUCUACUUCAUCAAAUUCAAAAGGAUCCUUCCAACACAAAUGCACACAAAGGCACGGUUGCGUCCAUAGCAUCUGCCAUGCAGGAUGAUUCCAGUGAAGUCAGGAGGAGGGCGUUAUUUGCACUUAAAGCAGUUGCCAAAGCAAAUCCUACCUUAGUAAUGAUCCAUGUUACAGUAUAUGGUCCUGUGCUUGCUGAAUGUUUAAAAGAUGGAAGCAUGCCCGUGAGACUUGCAGCCGAGAGAUGUUCUCUGCAUGCGCUUCAGUUAACGAAAGGGAUAGAAAACGUUCAAGCAGCACAAAAGUAUCUUACAGGCUUAGAUGCAAGACGGAUAGCAAAGCUUUCUGAAUACAGUGAUGAUAGUGACGACAGUGAAGAUGACUCGGCAAGUGGUUGAUAAGUUGUCGAUAUGUAUGUAGAUUCUAGGUUUUUUGUGUUCAUCUAUAGCAUACAAGUUUUCCAGAGGUUCGAUGACAGGGUUUUACCGUCUACAUUUUUGUAUUCAUCAUAGGAAAAACUAUAUGCAUUUAUUCAUAGAAUAUAAAGAAAUCUCGUACCCAUCUUUUGUCGAAUGGGUCGCAGAAUGGGUUCGCAGGAUUUCCGUGUUAUAGUUGGAAUCGUAUCGCUGGUACUCACGAGUUGUAAUCUUUGCGUGUUGGAUUUUGGAGUUAUGUUUUGUGUUAAUGUUUCGAUUAAUGAAGAGAAUAAAGUGUUUUAUCUAUUGCUUCAA